UGUGAGAGGGAACAUGUGAGGAAGACAUGGCGGUCAGCCCUGUUGAGCCCACUCAUGAGCAUCUAUAAUGGCAACAGCGAAGGAGUCCAAAUGGAGUUAGAUGAGAAAUUACUCUCCGAAUUUGAAUAUUAAAGUUAAUGACACAAACAUGUUUUCAGCAAACUUAUGUGGAACUUUUAUGUGACAUCUUUAAAAAGGGGUGACUGUGUGAGGCUCAGACCAAGAAAAGCAUAAAAUGGAUUUUUUCUGUCGAGUCUUGCAAGUGGUCCUCCUCCUCCUUUUCAACUGCAAAUUCUGCGGCUGCUACGGAAUUGUUUGUGCUGGAAAGUUGACAGUAGAUUCAAACAUAAUCCUCUUUGGCUCCAACUUGACUGUGCACUGCAAGUCAAGCAUUGAGCGCUGUGGCAGACGCUUUGCCAUAGACUUUAAUGGACAGACCAUUUUUGAAACAACUAGUUGCUCCACAAUACAAACACAAAUAGCCAUCAACCAGACCACAUUUUCGGUCCUCUGCAAGGUGAAACAAGAUGACAAAUGGCACAUUGUUUGCGGCCAGGAUCUCAAGGCUGGCUACCCUCCAGGUAAAGUGAAAUUCAACUGUGUGACGCACAGACAUUCAGAGUAUGUGAACUGUCUUCUGACAGCAACAAAUGUGACAUAUUUAGAUACAAACUACAUAGUGACAUUUAACAAUAAGACAUCUCAGUUCAUCAAACAUGAAAUGCCGGAGGAUGGUCAUGUCUCUUUUCCGCGAUCUGUGUUUGAUGAAACAAUGACAUACCAAAUCCAUGUAAGAGGGCGUAAUGCACUAGGAGAGUCUAACUCUACUUUCACCUUCUCGGUUUGGGACAGUGUUCUUCCAAGCACUCCAGAGAUUGAAAAUAUUACAUUUGAAAAUGGCUCCCUUUCUCCCACAAUACACUGGAAGAGCUCAGAAGAUUCAUUGAAACCAAGCCUAAGAUUCAGAAGAGCACAUUAUAUGCAGGACUGGGGAAUGGGAAACAUCACUGAGCUUCAUGUUGGAACCUUGCUGAUGCAAGAGGCCAUAAAACCUAUGAUGUCAUAUCAGUUUGAAUUGAGAGUGUGUGUUACUUCAGUGAACUGCAGCACGUGGAGCCAUCCCUACAAUGCAACAAGCCCUGGAAUAGCACCCUCGCACAAACUUGACGUGUGGCGAGUCAUCAAGGAUGCAGAUAGCCAUGGACUUCAGAAUGUUACAGUGUUUUGGAAGCCUUAUACAUCAGAAGACUACAGUGGAAAUUUGUUAGAAUAUAAGUUAUCUUAUAAAGAAGAUGGCAAAGUCCAUGAAGUGAUGUGCUCAGCACAUGCCAUCCAUCACACACUGCAGCUGCCCUUGGGGGUUGCAAAGGUUAAUGUCUGUGCUGUUACAUCAGCUGGGUCUUCCCCACCUGCUCAUGUGAGCUUGAUAUAUACAGGUAAAGCCCCAAUCAUAACAUAUUUAACUCCAGCAGCAGGGGUCAGUAUGUAUCUAGCCUGGGAUUUGCCUUAUUACAGUGAGGCGGUGAAAGGAGUUCUGGGUUUUGUAGUUCAGUGGCAACAGAGCCCAGUUCACUUACAAUGGAAGAGAUUGGGAAAAGACUACAAUUCUACAUUCCUGAAAGGUUUCAAAGCUGGUGUUCUCUACAACAUUUCACUGUACAUUGAAGAAGCCAAUGGGGUUUCCAACCCUGCUUUUUGUCAAGUUUAUGCAAAAGAAGAGAGUCCACUGACUGGUCCAGAUGCAUCAAUUACCACUGUUGGGGAAAAGCUAUUUCUGAUCCAAUGGGAACAGCUUGACCAAGAAAAACAGAGAGGAUUUAUCACAAACUAUACCAUCUACAUUCAGAGACACAGAGACAAGAGACUUAUAGAGAACAAAACUGUGCCUAACAUAUUUCCUAGAUCUUUCAAUUGGGAACUGAUGGGCCCACAGGAAAGUUUUGAUGUCCUGAUCUCUGCGUGGAACUCUGCAGGUGAAGGGCCCAAAGGAAAAGCUGUUACCUGCUACUGUCAAAAAAACUUGAUGUGUGGGGAUAUAGCUAAAACAUAUCAACUUCUUCCAGACAGGACGACAGAUGGAAUGAUAGCUGGAUUUUGUUUGGCAGCUGCAGUUCCUAUGGUGAUUCUUGCCAACCUGAUGUACCUAAAAUGUGUGCGGCAAAGAAUGAUGAAAAUGUGCAUGUCGAUGGGAGUCACUUGGCUGUUUGAAAUUUUACCUAAAUUUGACAACAGCAAUGCUAUAAAACUACUAAAGGAUGACAGUUACAGUCCCUGGGGACCUCUCACUGAGGACAUUGAUCCCCCCUUAACUCCCAUUGAGGAAGUUUCUCUAUCUUGGGAGAGGCAAGACUCUUAUCCAACUGUGCUUCAUGAGGAUGUCACAGAAACACCAGUGGUUGGGCAAAUUUUUAUAGAUUGUCCUUAUAAACCUCAGUUAUUGAAUACUUCACUGCAAACUGGUGAAGAGACUACAGAAGAAGAGGUAAAGGAGGAUGAGGAGGACCAAUUUCCUUUGCUGGUGUCUCCAUCACAUGUGCUGCAUGACUUCAGUUUGGAUUUUACCAGUAUUCCCGUGAUACAUGGACAUCUUAAUAGCUUCUUAGCUAUGGAUGGGAAGCUUAGGUCCUUGAAUGUUCUUGGAGACCUGCUUUCCAACCCUCUGGAAGUUUCUGAUAAAGAAGAGGAGGAGACAAGGAUGGAAACAUUGGGAGAUGUUGGGCAGAGCUCUUUCACAAGCCAGUCUAUACUACCCAAUGACCUGCUGGAGAGUUGCCUAAGAGGGCCUGUCUUUAAUUCCAUUCCAUACUCCCCACAAGGGGUUUGCCAUAGUUUUCCAAUGCCAGAAGAGGUUUAGGCUUUCUGUUGUAAAGGAGUGUCUUUCACAAAGGCCUGUCACCAAACUUUCACUUCUUUAAUUAUGUACUGUUCAGUAAUAUAUGAAGUGCAUGCAUGCUGAAUUAAACUUUUGACAAUAAAUGUAAUCAUGCAAGGCAUUUUAAAACAACCAAGUUGCACUAACAGAUACAAUAAUUUACACUAAGCUUUAUUUUUUUUUAUGAUUUUACAGUAAUGAGGCUCUUUAGCCUGUACUAUCUUGCCAAUGAAGACUUGCUUUACAUACUUAACGGGGUCAUAUCAUGAGAAAUGAAGUUGUCCUUGAUGUUUUGAAAUAAAAUAGUUCCAUUGUACUAUGAAGACAUGCUGUAACUUUUAGAACUCAAAAAAACAUUCAAUUAAAAAAAUAAAAAACAUGCAAAAACAGCUCAUUUUGAAAUCCAUGGACUACAUGGAUACAUUAACAUAUGACAGGGUGACAUAUGUAAAAACACAAUUCUGUGUUUUUAAGUGUUGCUUACUCAUUGGUAGUUAGAAUGAAGUAGGAUAUUUUUUAUAAAUACCAGAAGAACUAACGAAGAGAGAAUAAAUGUGGAAAAGUUUGACAAACCUUAAUUUACAUUGUCAGUGGACCUCAGAAAAGAAAUUAUGAUAAAAACAACUAUUGACAUGAGCCUUUCAAAUUUGUGAAAUUCCUUUCUGGCUUUGUUAAACACGUUGAAAAAAAAAUGUCUUCCAGAUGUAAACACACACAUCAAAUAGACUUCUGGCUACAUGUGCUAUAAGGGCUGUCAUCUUUCACUUUCCUUUUCAUCUUCCUGUCAUAUUCAUAGCCACUUCUUCUCUUUCUCUUUUUGGAUGUCAAAUUUGUACAGAAAUAUCAGAUAAUAUGGCUUCAGAUGAAAGGUCAUGAAAUCCUAUGUGAAAAUCAAAAAUGAAUAUAAAGGAGAAAGACAACAAGCCUGCUUCACAUUGUAGUAUUUAAAUGGGUCAUGAAUUGCCUUUUUAUUAUUUUAAGAUGUUCCUUGAGGUUAACUUAGAAUAUUAGUAAAGUUUUGUUGCACAAAAACGUCAUAUAUUUGUAUGAAAAAAAAAUUCCUUUCCACUCUCGUUCUGACCCUCUGUCAAAAACUGAGUGCUGCUUCUCGUUUAAGACUUUACAGUAAACACCCAUUGUUAUGAUUGGCUUUCUGCUCUUUACCUGCUCCCUCUACCUGCUACUAGGCGGGCUACUGUUUGUUUUGGAGGCGGUCAGAUGCAAAUGUCUAUCACAGUGUGACAUCACAAUGAGGAGGACGUGGAGGACGAGUUGUAUUGGCUGCUGGGUUCAACAAAUGGUCUUUUUGCUGUGAGAAGGAACUUUUGAGUUCUGAAACUUACAUUAUGUUUUUUAAAGUACAGUGAUCUCUUAUCUGUCAAAAGAUCAAGGAAAGUUUGAUUCCACAUGUCAUGACCCCAUUAAUGAAAAGACUAGAUUUUGUAUGAAAUUAUGUACAUGAGCAAAUUGUAAAGUAUAUGUAUACUAUAAAACAGUGAUUCUUUGAAAGAAAGAAAAAAUACAAACUGUUAAUAUUUUUCACAUCUAUCUGCCCUUGAUUAUGAUUAAGGCACUUUUUAAUAUUUCAAUCAUAUAGGACAUGCAAGCUCACAAUUAUGAACAGAUUCCUCAGACAGUCACAAGGGACUUUAGAUUCUAUGUGUGCUCACUUAAAAUAGUAUUUGGAGAAAAGAAAGCAUAUGAAACUGGAUUAUACAAAACACUUGUACCAGAAAAGCAGGUGUUAUCAAGCUCAUUCAACAGGAACCACAACUUUUUUGUGUUUAUAUUUUUGAAUAAUGGUCCAUUCAAGAUGUAACCAGGCCUUGGACUGUGAGAUGUGCUGUCAUUUUUAAAUUUUUAAAGUACAAAUGAUUAAAAGGGAUAGUUCACCCAAAAAUGAAAACUCUCUCAUCAUUUAUUCACUGUCAUGC